AGUUUCAUUUUUUUCUUAUCUUCUCACGUCUGUUUUUCCUAAAAAUAAAUUGAAGAAUCAUUUCUUUGCUACGUAAAAGCGUUGUGACUUGUGAAUCAGAAUUGUUUUUGAAAGAUCAUUACCACUAGGUGACUAGAUAGUAUAAUGGAGAUCUCUAUGCGUUCUGUACGUCUUUUGAACCGGCUUUUUCGUAAACCGUUGUCAUUUUCUAGAACUAUUUCUAACACAGCUGUGAAAGAAGAAAUAAAUGCUGAAUUAUUAAAUUCCUUCAAUCACGAUAUAAAAAAAGGAGGUGUAGUUCCAGUAUUCAGAAGAGCUCUGCUGUUUCCUACAAGAGUAGCAUUACAAGAUGACUUUGCAACUUAUACAUACGCUGAUUUGUAUGAUGCAGCAACGGCGCUCAGCAAAGAAAUUGCAGCACUAUUAUUGGGUGAAACUGAACGUUCAAUAUGUUACAUGUGUAACAAUGAUGCGAACCACGUUAUUGUACAGUGGGCGAUAUGGAUGACGGGCAACAUUGCCGUACCUCUAACCCCACUUCAUCCUGAGGAGAUGUUGAAGUACUUCAUAAUGGACAGUGAUUCUAAACUGAUCAUAUGUGCAAAUGACUUUGAGAAAGUUUUGAAGCCGAUAGCAAAGGAAUUGUCGAAGCCGAUAUUACUUUCAAACAGAUCGGAAAACUCUGAAGAGAAAAAGACUGUGUUACAAGACGUAGACUUAACUAACAAAUGGUAUGGCGACAAUGAGGCCAUGCUUAUUUAUACAAGCGGUACAACGAGUAAGCCCAAAGGUGUCGUUUGGAGCCACAGGAUGCUAUCCAUCCAGAUAGCAGCACUUCACACAGCCUGGAAAUACUCCGCCCACGACGUGGUGCUGCAUACAUUGCCGCUACAUCACAUACACGGCCAACUUAAUUCAUUGAACGCCACUAUGGCGGCUGGAGCCAGGAUCCGUAUGCUGCCCAAGUUCACCUCUCACACCGUGUGGGCUAAGCUGUUGGACUCGGACAAGGCCAAGGUGUCAGUGUUCCACGGAGUGCCAUCUAUGUACAGUAAAUUAGCGGCUGAUUAUGACAAAAUGUUCAGUGACAGUAAGACGGCAGCGUAUGUGAAGAGUACACUGUCAUCGAGGAUGAGACUCAUGUGCGCUGGGUCUGCACCCUUACCGGAGAGCCUGUUCAAGAAGUGGGAAGAGAUAUCCGGACUAAAGCUAUUAGAACGCUAUGGUAUGUCUGAGGUUGGUAUGGCAUUAAGUAACCCCUACAGACCCCUAGAAGGAAGGUUGGUGGGCCGUGUGGGGGUCCCAUUGCCCGGGGUCUCGGCCAGAAUCGCGGAAUUCAAAGAUAACAUGAUGGAAACCCUGGUCGAUGUCACCGGAGACAUGCCAGAUUUACAAAUAUCUCUUGACAAGCUCGGUCUCACAGGGAGUCAGUCCAUCAAGGAGUUUGAUAACGACUGGAAGGUCAAUGAAACAAAAUUAACAGACAAUGAUGUGUGUGAAGGGGAGUUAUUAUUGAAGGGUCCCGCUGUGUUCACUAGGUACUGGAAUCGCGCGCCCAGCGCCUUUUCAUCAGAUUUCACUUCAGACGGGUGGUUCCGCACUGGCGAUAUGGCCUCCUUCUCCCAGGGCACCUUCAAGAUCAUGGGCCGGACAUCGGUAGACAUCAUUAAGACGGGAGGAUACAAAGUCAGCGCCCUACAAGUGGAAUCCGCCCUUCUUGAGCAUCCAGACAUAUCAGAUGUAGCCGUAUUGGGUAUACCUGACCAACAUUACGGAGAGAUUGUAUCAGCGGUGGUCGCUCUCAAGGAAGGUAGGAGUCUGACCCUGAGAGAGUUGAAAGAUGAAGCUGGCAAGAGACUAGCGCCGUACCAACUGCCAAAAACUAUGGUUAUAGUGGAUCAGAUGCCGAGGAACGCUAUGGGCAAACUUGACAAGAAGCUCAUCAGACAGCAGUUUGGUGAGAAGUUGGUGUUUAAACAGUGAAGACCGUCUCAGCAAGUGGAUAUUCAGCGCCAUGGUGUGAAAAACCACAAGAUUUAUACCACCAUAUAAUAUAAAACAUACAAACAUACACAUAAUAUAUAAAUAUUAACAACCAAGUCUCUAUGUCCCAUCAAUGUGACUGAACCGUCUAAGAAUAUUAUCUUGUAAUUAAUGAACGCAAUUAGACUGAUUUAUUUCUGCAUUAUUGUUAUAAAUAUAUAUAUUUUGUUAGUGUACUUUAAAUAUAUAUAAUAGUUAUUGUAAGUCGGUUACGGUGCUGAUGUGUAUGGACUUGCCCUGUAGCUUUUAAUGUCGAGUUCCUCGUUAUUUAUUGUAAAUAUACUGACAUGUGUUGUUUUGCGAAUUAAAUUAAAUUUUGUUUUAAAUAA